CACUCACUCCGCUCUUUUUUCUUACUGCAGCAACCUCUCUCAUGGAUUGACUGCAAAAUUUGUCAAACACAAAACCAUAUCGUUUCCUUCAGUUUCUCUCAUCUAUGGAGAAUUUCUCUUACAAUUCUUAUCCCGAUUCCGGUAACUCCUCUCCUCGUUCUCGCGACAUCGAUUUCGAGAACACCGCUUCAUGGGAGGAUCAAAACAUCAAGGCCAAGUUCAUGUGUAGCUAUGGUGGCAAGAUCCACCCUCGUCCUCAUGAUAAUCAGCUCGCCUACGUCGGCGGCGACACCAAGAUUCUCUCUGUUGAUCGUACCAUCAAAUUCUCUUCUAUGAUCAACAAGCUUUCCGCGCUCUGUGGCGAACCCGACGCCUCCUUUAAGUAUCAGCUCCCUGGAGAAGAUCUCGACGCCUUGAUUUCGGUCACCAAUGAUGACGAUCUUGAGCACAUGAUGCAUGAGUAUGAUCGCCUUUACAAAGCUUCCGCGAAGCCGGCUCGGAUGCGCUUGUUCUUGUUUUCGGCUGUUGCCAAUUCCAGUUUCGGAUCCGAUUCUUCCAAGUCGGAGCGUGAACGAUUUGUAGAGGCUUUGAAUUCGGGUCCGACUCUUGUGAGUGAGCCGAAGAAAAUCGCUAAUAAUGUUGAUUUCUUGUUUGGUUUAGAGAAAGGAAUUCCGCCGAACAAAAUUCUGGAACCGGUGCAGCCACCUCCGCCGGAAUAUGUAGUUCCGGAUGAGCGAGGUGUCGGACCGGAUCGGGUCGUUUAUCCGGAUCAUGCGGUGAAUCCCGUUGACAUACAGAGACAGCUUCAGAGGUUGCAGAUGAGAGAACAUGAGCAACAAGUUCAUGAAGCUAUGUUCAUGAAAAAGACGGAAGAGAAUUUAUCAGCCGGAUUUUACGUUGCCAUGCCAGAAAAAGCUCCCCCACCACCAGGGACAGUACCAUUGUCCGUACAGCAAACCACGCCGUUUCAAGUCCCUAGUUCGAGUUACCCAGCCACAGUAACCAACACGCAUGGGCAACCUGAACAGCCGGUUUAUAUGCUCCCUCAAGGCACUACUAUGCCUGUAUAUCACCCACAACAGCCGCAAUCACAACCGGCGCCUCAAAUGAUCCGACCCGUGGCCAGUCAACCUUACUAUCCCAACAUGCAAAGAAUGGCUCCGGAUGUUUACCGCGAACAAGCAGUUUACAACAUGGUUUUACCUCCGCCAAAUAUGCCGCCGCAGAUGGGAAUGGUACGGCCGAGUGGACCCGCGAUGGGGGUAACUGAUACCGGAUAUAGCCAAGUGGGAUAUGAUAGUGGGGGGAGACAAGUAUAUUUUACAGGAGCGGGAGGAGUGGUGAUGCAGCCACCGCCAACGACAUAUCAGGGAGGAGUUAACAUGGCGGUUAGCGGUGAAACGAGGGGCCCGGAAGGCAAGGUGGUGGGUAAAUUAUCACCAAAUUGAUGAAUAUGAAUGUGAGUAUUAAUUAGUAUGUAUUGUUGUCGUAUUAAGUAAUCUUGUAACCAUUAUUAUUAUUAUUAUAAAGUUUAUAUAUAUAUGUUUGCAUAA